AUUCUGAAAGCAACAAGUUGAAAACCAAGGUUCAUCAUGACAAUGCUAAGAAGUCUGCUGCUUCUUUUCAUUGUGUUCUCCAUGGGGAAUGCAGAUGUUGAUAUAGUUCAAAAAUGCCCUUAUGGAUGGACAAACUUUGGAGUCCGAUGCUACAAGUUCUUCUCUCAGUCAGUUAACUGGAUCACAGCAGAGAGAAACUGUCUAGGUCUGGAUGCAAAUCUCGCAUCUGUGCACAAUAAACUGGAAAACGAUUUUCUGCUGAGUCUGUUGCCUUCUUCUUCCACACUUUGUUGGCUUGGUGUUCAUGAUGGUGAACAAGAAGAACAGUGGAUGUGGAGUGAUGGAACUCCAUAUGACUACACCUACUGGUGCUCUUAUGAGCCUAACAACCGAAAUGUCGAGAACUGUGGAGAGGUCAACUUCUCCGCUAACCGUUGCUGGAAUGAUAUAGCCUGUUCAACCCCAAUGGGCUAUAUUUGUGCUAUAAACCUGUGAGAUCAUUCGCAGUCAUCCUGCUCCACAGUAACUUUGACUGCACUAUAUUUACAUUUUCUGAACUUAUCUUUACAAAACGUUCUCAACUUUAAUCUCUUCUCAAUACUGAAACACUCCUCAAAUCAAUAAAAGCAUUAAAG